AUGCCCCAACCCAAACCCCCGAUCAUCACCCUCGACCCACCCCCCUCCACGCUCAUGCAAACCUUCCUCUCCCCCACCGCAACCCCCCAAGCAAUGCAAACCACCAUCCACGGGCUCACCGCCGCCCUCAUCAACACCGCCAAAGCCCACGACCCAGCCCUCACCAACCCAACCAUGGUGCCCAUCCUGCGCGGCGCCCUCCCCAUGUUCGUCGCCGCCGCACCCCUCUUCACCAACACAACCUGCAUACUCGCCCGCUGCAGCAAGAAAAAGGGCACUCAGGACGUCAUCGUCGAAUGGCCCGGUCGUCGGCCCUUCCCACCAGCCGCAGACGAGGGUAAGCUGGUCGUGCUGGACACGCUGGUCGCGACGGGGGACACAGUCGUGGCGCUGUGCGAGGAGCUGUGGGCGAUGAGCAGCGGGCGCGCGGAGAGGUCGGUGGCCGUGUUGUGCUGCUAUGCGGCGCCCGAGGCGCUGGAGAGGGUGGCCGCGUGUCCGGUCGUGGAGUAUGUGGUUGUUGCGGCGCGGGCGGAGCGUUGUGAUGAGGCUGGGUAUUUGGUGCCCUAUACGCAUGGCGAUAUCGGGGAUAAGAUCUACGGGGCCGCGUGGAAGGGAGCUGAGCUGCCGGUCGUGGCGGAGGGGGAGGAUGUGGAGCGUGUUGUGGAGGGCGUGGAGCGCUUGCUGGUGCGGAAUGGCGGGCUGUGGACCUUGACGCAUGAUGGCUUGGGCGUGGAGCGCGAGAUUCUGUUCCCUUCGUUUAAGAAGGCGUGGGCGUUCAUGCAGCGGGUUGCGGAGGCGGCGGCGAUGUUUCGGCAUCAUCCGGAGUGGACGAAUGUCUACAACAAGGUCUCCAUCCGCUGGACCACGCACCAACCCAAAGGGCUGACCAAGUUAGAUGUGCUGCUGGCGCAGCUCUGCGACAGUUACUGUGAACCGUAG